AUGGACCACCCGGGAGUGGUAGUACAAGGUAAUGGAACAACGGAAGAGGAAAUCAACGAAAGAUUAAUGAACGCAUCUAGGCUCUAUCAUACAUUGAAAACAUCUUUCUUAAGGAAGAAUAUCAUAAGCAGGAAAACAAAGAUGACCGUGUACAGAACAGUAUUCAGACCCAUGUUGAUAUUUUAA